AUGCUAGAUUAUGAGACGAGAUAUGUCUUGAUUGAGCACUACUACUUGACAUUGGUUUGGGUCACUCGCCAACUGAGACAUUACAUGACUGUGUAUUCGGUGCACUUGAUAUCCUGUCUAGAACCUCUGAGAUAUUUGUUUGACAGACCCGCUUUGGUUGGUCGCCUCAUGAGAUGGUUGGUACUUUUGACUGAGUUUGACAUCCAAUAUGUCACUCAAAAGUCCAUUAAAGAGAGUAUUGUUGCAGAUCACUUAGCCUCAUUACCAAUUUUCGAUGGUAGAGCCAUUGAUGAGGAUUUUCCAGAUGAGAGUGUUGCUACUAUGACUAGUCUGCCAGGUUGGUGCAUGUACUUUGAUGGUGUAGCCAACCAUUCUGGAUACAGGAUAGGUGUCUUGUUGAUAUCCCCUCAUAGUGAUCAUAUUCCUAGAUCUGUUCAUUUGGCAUUCUCAGAUCGACAUCUUGCCACGAAUAAUAUUGUUGGGUAUGAGGCUUGUAUCUUGGGAUUAGAGACGACUCUUGAGCCUGGGAUUAGAUAA